GGAAGGACUCAUACCAGAGGAUUCAUCUUCAUUCAUGGAUGAGAAAGCUAAAGGCACCACCAAAUUUAACUUCCAAGUACGGGAAAAGAAAGUUGUAGAGAAGAAAUUGAAUGAACUAAAAGCAAGAGGUGCUUCAGAAGAAAAUAUUAGAAGCACCAUGAAGGAUUUUGGUAUUGAAAGGGCCAAACUUUAUGGAUGGCCAAACACCUAUGUAUUUACGAAGGCAAUGGGAGAAAUAUUUCUAGAGAACUCAAGAGAGAAUUUACCGCUAGUCAUCAUCCGUCCAACCGUGGUUACCAGCACUUAUAAGGAGCCAUUUCCAGGUUGGAUUCAAGGUUUCAGAACCAUUGAUAGCGUUAUUGCUGCUUAUUGCAAAGGAAAGUUGACAUGCCUACUUGUUGAUCCUAUGUCUGUAUUUGAUAUGAUUCCCGUAGACAUGGUGGUAAAUUCCAUUAUUUCAGCUAUGGUUGUGAAUGCAAAUCAAUCUUCUAUUGUCAUUUACCAUGUGGGAUCCUCAUUUGGAAACCCUAUCCAAUUUUGUGAUAUUCAUAAUUUUGUGUUCCGACACUUCACCAAAAGUCCCUGGGUUAAUAAGGAUGGAAACGCUGUUAAAGUCGGCAAGUGCACAAUGUUUAGGACUAUGGCUUCUUUUCGCAUGUACAUGCAAAUUUGCUUCAUGAUACCUUUGCAGGGAUUAAAGUUUGUAAGUAAAGCUUCAGGGGGAUAUUUCCAGGACAUGUAUGUUAACAAUAGCCGGAAACUCACAUUGGUGAUGCGCUUAGUAGAGCUAUACAAACCCUACAUGUUAUUCAAGGGCAUAUUUGAUGACAACAAUUCAGAGGAGCUGCAAAAGUUGACAAGUGAGUGUUACAUAGACGCAAAAGAAUUUAACUUUGAUCCCAAAUGCAUUGAUUGGGAAGACUAUUUUAUGAAUACUCACAUUCCUGGCCUCCGAAAGCAUGUUAUGGUUCAAUGAUUAACUUACAGAUACAUUCUCGUUAUGAUAACAAUUGUACCCUUAGGCAUGUAUCAAAUUCACAUCCUUCUAUCAUUGCCUACCUAUAUUGAUUGUGAUGAAGUUGAUCAUGAGUUAAGUAAUUAUAUCAAAGUCUCAUAUUUGGUUUGUGGAA